GGUAUUGAUGUAAGCGAUCCAACGAGGAAGUCGAAAAGGUGAAUUGACCAGAAAGGAAACAUCAUGCCGGCGUACCACUCUCAGUUCCAGAACCCACCCCAGGUGUUGGGGAACAUGGCGCUGUUACCACUGAGGACAUCUUACAAGGGACCAGCUCCCAGGGAUACGAGUGACUUUGAUAUCAUUGAUGAAGCAAUUUACUAUUUCAAAGCCAAUAUCUUCUUCAGAAAUUAUGAAAUAAAGAGUGAAGCAGACCGUACCUUAAUUUACAUUACAUUGUUCAUAUCGGAGUGCCUUAAGAAAUUCCAGAAGUGUCAGUCUAAAAACCAGGGACAGAAGGAAAUGUACACGAUUGGUAUAUACAACUACCCUAUUCCUGGAGAGAAAGGUUUCCCACUCAAUGCAAUGUUUGCCAAACCAUCCGGUCGCAGUGAAGAAGAUAACAUGAGGGCCUACCUCCAGCAGAUCCGACAGGAGACAGGACUUCGCAUGUGUGAGAAGGUGUUUGAGCAAGCCUCAGACAAACCCAGCAAGUGGUGGAUGUGCUUUUCAAAGAGGAAGUUUUUGGACAAGAGUUUGUCAGCACCCGGACAGUGAUAGACAUUUACUUAGAUUUAUUAAAUAUUAUCAUAACAAGAAGGAUACACAUUUCAGAAACCAUACAGAGAAUACACUGAAAUUCUAUCAAUGAUGUAUUCGCUGUUAAGGAUUUUGGGAGAUUUCUGAAGUAAAUCAUCAAUUGUUUAAAUGCAUGUGACAUACUAGAACAUGUAUGUAUGAUGUCAUAUGAUAUACAUGUUUGAUGUAUUUUUUCUUUCCAUUUUAUCUGACAAAUAUAAUUCAAGCUUAUUUAUAUCAUUCAAUAUAUUCAAGGAGAAUGAACAAAGUCUAUAUUUUCUUUGAAAUUGUCUGUAUAUGUAACUAUUUAUCCAAGGUAUCUGCAAUGUAGGAAUUUCAAUGUACCAAAAAACACAUUUUCAUGUUUUCAAAAUCUCCUUUGAAGAAUAUUAAUUAAGCUUACUUUAUUUCCAAAUUUGAUCUGAUAUUUUUUUUCACUUAGAAAUAAUGGUAUAAUGUCAUUUUAAAAUUGACACAUGUGCAAUCAUAAAUUUGAUCUGAUAUUUUUUACAGCUAAAUUAUGGUAGAAUUUCUUUUUUUUUUAAUUGAAAUGGGUGCAUUUUGACAUCGUAGGUCUGAUUUGUUUUCAAUAUUUAUUUAUAACAUAUACCGGUAUAUGUGCUAUACACACCUGUUUGUACAAAUUCUAUUAUAGCAGUAUGUUACAUAGAAGAGAAACCAGCCACGGGAAACUACCUGGAAUCUGUACCAUUAAUAAAGAAAAUGUCUCUCCAAUGUAAUCCAGUGGCUGUAAGCUAUCACAAGGUUUAUGUUUAGAGUCCAACUAAUUGUAUUGUAUUUCAUUACAUUUUUAAUUAUAUGUGAAACUCAGUUGUCAAAUUCAAAUUUUGAAAAUUAUUUGUAAAAACAUGACUAAAUGUUUUUGUAUUUUAGUGAUCAGUUUCUUAUUCAUGAGAAGAAAGAGAAUCUCUAGACCAGAUGUCGUUUGAUUUUGAUCUGAAAUUUUGUACACUUUCUUAAUAAUAUUCUUUACAGGAAACAUGUUAAAACAAAUCUUUUAAAAUUAUCAGUACUUAAUUGUCUCGGAAUGAGAUAAAAACAUGUAUGUAUCCAUAUUGAGAGAAUGAGUUAUGAACCAUUUAAAUAUGUAAGGUUACAUUCUUCCAUCUAUUAAGAUAUACUAUGUAUUAAUGCUUUUAUAAGUUAAAAAGGAGUAUUAUUAAAUAUGAUAUAACUAUU